CGCCAGAGCUGGAGUGAAAUGGGGAGAGCGCAGAAGAUCAACGGCAAGGAAACAGAGGAAAUCUGGUUAAAAUUGCAUGCUAAUAUUCACUGUAAAAACAUGGGAUAACGAGGCGAAAACGACAACGAUUCACCCGCGAUCCCCCCACAGGAACGGGAAAAAACGGGCUUCAGCGACAAAGAAAACGGAAUCAUUAUUCUCUCUUUCCUUGUAUUUCGAUUUCUUGGAGGCUGUCUACAAAAGAAGCUGAAACAACUGGAGAUAAUAGAAAACGAUGUCUCCCGAUGAAUGAAGAAGAGUAAACGGUCGCGGAAUAAACUGCGAAGAAGAAAAAUAAAUACGUUACAUUCACUUUUCUCUGCGCAUCGAGAGUUUCCUAUCUGGACCUUCGCCCUGGGAGACAGAUGUUCUUGUAUCGUGCGCAGGGAUUUUUUCCCUAUCAAUUCCGGACCUGGUCGAGGAUAACGCUGGCAAGGAGCAUGCGCUAUGGAUUUUGACCAGCUUCUGACAUAUACAAAAACAAACUGGUGAAAGGUUAUUCUAGAAUUUAGAGAAAAAUCAGCAACAGCCGUAUGCACAUUAAACUGAAAAAAAAUUGCGAAGAUGCACUAAAAAAAAGCCAAAGGACGGUCUGUAAUUCAGAAACCCGUCGGCUGUUUGUUGAUGUAUUUUAUCAUGGUUGCAGUUUGCGACUUUCAGUUGUAGCUGUCAUUUUUGUGGAUUCGCCAGGGAGGGACAAAUUAACUUGGAAGUAAACACCACAGCGAGGAAAUAGAGCGUGGGCUCAUUGUGUUCAUUAGAAGUACAACUGCGCUGCUGACAAUGGUGGAACCGGUGGGUUUUGUGGAAGCCUGGAAGGCACAGUUCCCCGACUCCGAUCCCCCUCAGAUGGAGCUGAAGACGGUGGGGGACAUUGAGCAGGAGCUGGAGAAAUGCAAGGCAUCCAUCAGGCGGCUGGAGAUGGAGGUGAACAAGGAGCGCUUCCGCAUGAUCUACCUGCAGACGCUGCUGGCCAAGGAGCGCAAGAGCUACGACCGACAGAGGUGGGGCUUCAGGAGGGUGUCCCAGAUGAACGAAGGGGACCAGCCCGUGGACUCCCAGCAGCCUCAUGAGCAGGAGCAAGGGGAAGGGGAUCGGGGGAAACUGCAUUCCGCCCGGGAAGAGAAGUUCAGACCCAGGCCGCCCCCAACCAGGAAGUCGUCCUCCCACAGCGAGUGCCUGGAACCCCCGUCCGGAGUGGAGCCGCACCAUGGAGAGAUGGGGGAGACGGACAGGUGCAGAUAUUAUGGCGAGGGUGAGGUCGACGGGCUCUCACCAUCAAAACAGAGAGGCGGGGGAUCCUCCCGCAGACCUGCGGUCGCCACGGCGCCUGACAAGGAGGCGCCAUUGGACUCCUCCCCGAAGGAGAAGGUGGGCAUGGGUCUAGGGGUGGCGGCGCUGAGGUCCAACUUCGAGAGGAUCAAGAGGGCUAACUCGCACUCGGCCGGGGACGCCAAGGCCGGGGGCCUGGAGAAGCCUUUCUACGUCAACAUGGAGUACCACCAUGAGAAGGGCCUGGUGAAGGUGAAUGACCGGGAAGUGUCGGACAAGAUCAGCAACCUGGGCAGCCAGGCCAUUCAGAUGGAGCGUAAGAGGUCCCUGCACUCGUUACCGGGCAACCUGGCAGCGGGGAUGGCCGAGUUCCGCAAGCCGGUCUACAGGGGCAGGUCGGCCGACAGCAACUGCGGCUACGACGUGGACUACGAGGACGCCGAGCUCAACCCGCGCUUCCUGAAGGACAACUUGAUCCGGGCCAACGGGGGGAAGCCGGACCGGCACCAGACAGAUCGGCACCCGCAGCAGCAGCAGCACUGGCAGCAGUCAGACUUCCAGCCGUACACGAGCGUCUACGUCGGGGGGAUGAUGGGAGAAGGGGAGGGGAAGACGGUGACCAUGCGGGACCAUGGCGGCGACGACCGACACCUGACCUGGCCGCGGCGCUCCUACUCGCCCGGCAGUUUUGAGGACAUCGGCGGCGGAUACACCCCGGACUGCAGCUCCAACGAGAACCUGACGUCCAGCGAGGAGGACUUCUCCUCCGGCCAGUCCAGCCACGUCUCGCCCAGCCCCACCACCUACCGCAUGUUCCGGGAGAAGAGCCGCUCGCCUUCCCAGAAUUCCCAGCAGUCCUUCGACAGCAGCAGCCCCCCGACGCCACAGUCCCAGAAGCGGCACAAGCAGCAGGUGGUGGUGUCGGAGGCCACCAUCGUUGGGGUCAGGAAAACCGGGCAGAUCUGGCCCAACGAUGGCGACUCCACGCCGUCCAGCAGGGCUUCGCACGACAACAGUUUCCAUGGAGACAUAGAUGCCUCGUUCAGCGGGACCCCGCCAACGUACGGCUACGACGCGGACCGGGCGGAGGAGCAGCGGCGGCACCACGACAUGAUGCCCUACAUCGACGACUCACCCUCGUCCUCGCCCCACCUCAGCUCAAAGAGCCGCAGUAGCCGUGACACGCUGUCCUCGGGCUCCCUGGAGUCCUCCAAAUCGACGGAGCUGGACCUUGAGAAGGGCCUGGAGAUGAGGAAGUGGGUACUGUCUGGAAUCCUGGCCAGCGAGGAGACGUACCUCAGCCACCUGGAGGCGCUGUUGCUGCCCAUGAAGCCCCUGAAGGCCGCUGCCACCACCUCCCAGCCUGUGCUCACCCUACAGCAGAUCGAGACCAUCUUCUUCAAAGUGCCCGAGCUCUACGAGAUCCACAAGGAGUUCUACGACGGCCUCCUGCCCAGAGUCCAGCAGUGGAGCCACCACCAGCGUGUGGGCGACCUCUUCCAGAAACUGGCCAGCCAGCUCGGACUGUACCGGGCCUUCGUGGAUAACUACGAGGUUGCCGUGGAGACGGCGGAGAAGUGCUGCCAGGCCAACACGCAGUUCGCCGAAAUCUCUGAGAACCUCAAAGUCAGGAGUUCAAAGGAGUGCAAAGACCAGACGGCCAAGAACUCUCUGGAAACACUCCUGUAUAAACCAGUGGACAGAGUGACUCGAAGCACCCUGGUGUUGCAUGACCUCCUGAAACACACCCCCUCCAGCCACCCGGAUUACCCACUGCUGCAGGACGCCCUCCGGAUCUCCCAGAACUUCCUGUCCAGCAUCAACGAGGAGAUCACGCCCCGGCGACAGUCCAUGACCGUCAAGAAGGGAGAGAACCGGCAGCUCCUGAAGGACAGGUUCAUGGUGGAGCUGGUGGAAGGAGCUCGGAAACUGCGCCACGUCUUCCUCUUCACCGACCUGCUGCUCUGCGCCAAGCUGAAGAAACAGAUUGGAGGGAAGAGCCAGCAGUACGACUGCAAGUGGUACAUCCCCUUGUCCGACCUCACCUUCCAGACCAUAGAUGAGUCCGACUCCUCCCCCAUCCCCCAGGUCCCAGACGAGGAGAUCGACGCCAUGAAGAUCAAGAUCUCGCAGAUCAAGAACGAGAUCCAGAGGGAGAAGAGAGCCAACAAGGGCGGGAAGGCCAUCGACAGGCUGAGGAAGAAGCUGUGCGAGCAGGAGUCCCUGCUGCUGCUCAUGUCCCCCUGCAUGGCCUUCAGAGUGCACAACAGGAACGGCAAGGGCUACAUGUUCCUCAUCUCCUCGGACUACGAGCGAGCAGAGUGGAGGGAGAUCAUUCGGGAACAGCAGAAAAAGUGUUUCAAGAGCUUCUCACUCACCUCCGUGGAGCUGCAGAUGCUGACUAACUCGUGCGUGAAGCUGCAGACGGUCCACAGCAUCCCGCUGACCAUAAAUAAAGAAGACGACGAAUCUCCUGGACUCUACGGCUUCUUGAAUGUAAUUGUCCACUCUGCAACAGGACUCAAACAGAGCUUAAAUCUCUACUGUACCUUGGAGGUGGAUUCCUUCGGCUACUUUGUGAACAAGGCCAAAACGCGAGUUUACAGAGACACCACUGAGCCCAACUGGAAUGAGGAGUUCGAGAUCGAGCUGGAGGGCUCCCAGACCCUGAGACUCCUCUGCUAUGAGAAGUGCUACAACAAAACCAAGCUGAACAAGGAGGACGGGGAGAACACCGACAGAAUCAUGGCCAAAGGACAGAUCCAGCUGGAUCCACAGACGCUACAGGGCAAGGACUGGCAGAGGACCGUCAUUUCCAUGAACGGGAUCGAAGUGAAACUCUCCAUGAAGUUCACCAGUCGGGAGUUCAGCUUGAAGAGGAUGCCGUCACGGAAACAGACCGGCGUGUUCGGGGUGAAAAUCAGCGUCGUCACCAAACGGGAGCGGUCGAAGGUGCCCUACAUCGUCAGGCAGUGCGUGGAGGAGAUCGAGAGGCGAGGCAUGGAGGAAGUGGGCAUCUACCGCGUCUCGGGAGUGGCCACCGACAUCCAGGCCCUGAAGGCCGCCUUCGACGCCAACAACAAGGACGUGUCGGUGAUGAUGAGCGAGAUGGAUGUCAACGCCAUCGCGGGGACCCUGAAGCUGUACUUCCGUGAGCUCCCAGAGCCCCUCUUUACCGACGAGCUGUACCCCAACUUUGCCGGGGGCAUAGCUCUGUCAGACAGCGUGGCGAAGGAGAGCUGUAUGCUCAACCUGCUACUCUCACUACCAGAGCCCAACCUGGUGACCUUCCUCUUCCUACUGGACCACUUGAAGAGGGUGGCCGAGAAGGAGGCCGUCAACAAGAUGUCCCUCCACAACCUGGCCACGGUUUUCGGCCCCACUCUGCUCCGCCCCUCGGAGAAGGACAGCAAGAUACCCACCAAUCCCACGCAGCCUAUCACCAUGAGUGACAGCUGGUCACUAGAAGUCAUGUCACAGGUCCAGGUCUUACUAUAUUUCCUUCAACUGGAGACUAUCCCCACGCCGGACAGCAAGCGGCAAAGCAUCCUCUUCUCCACGGAGGUGUAGGAGGAAUUCAGUCCCCUCAGCUAGCAAGGCUGAAAGAAGGGAGAGCCAAGGGAACUGGAGUGAGAGUUUUCUGUGGCUGUGUAUUGGCUGCGAUCAGCAGCGAAUAGACUGGACCCUGCUUAGCGGUGACUGACACAGUGUGACCACCAGAGGGCGCCAGAAAUGUGCUGAAGCAGCGAAGAGGAACCAUCCCAAAAUCACAUUCCUUGUACUGUUGUAUCAUUUUACAAAAUCUAAAUCGUUUGUGUCUUCUGUGACACAAAUUCUGCUCAGUUUUCCUCCCAGCAUCUACAGCUUGUGUGCAAUCACUUCAGUGUGUCAAGUUGUGCACUCAAAAGGCUUUGGUUAGAACAAUAACACCUGGCAAGGGACACAGGCAUCCAGAUUUUUCUGUUGUUUCCCUGUCCUUGUUCUAUUGUUAUUCAUGUCGGAGCUGCUUUUUUUGUUGGGCGACUGCAACACUGCAUUUCCCCAGCAGAGGGCCAAAUAUUACACACUGCGCAUCCGUCCGGCUUUGAUUUUGCUUAAUCAUAAGCGUCCUCAACUUUUUUUUUUUGUUGAGCAUUUUUUAAGGCUUAUACAGACAGGCUUGAAGUAAUGGUGAAGGAAGGAGAACAUAUACUUGCAACUGCGUCUUAAUGAUUGUGUCUUAAUUGCAGGAUACUCUUCUUAAAAACAUGAAAUUCCAGGUUGCCAUUGCUGGGCCAAGUGUAUUUAAGACAAUCAGGUCAUGUCAGCGGAAUCCAGGGAAGGCUUUAGUGUUGUACGGUUCGAGAUUUAACAGAAAAAAUAUACUAUUAGUCUCCAGGUUGAGGCUUAUGCGGUUUCAUCCUGGUAACCGAACGGAGACCGAAUACGAACGUUUUUCACGUGAGGAUUUAGGUGUGGAUUUGGAGGCAAAUGUGAAGGCUGUUCUCACUGACAGAUGUUUUGGAAACUUUAAGGUGAGCCAAUCUUAAGAGGGUGGGGGGGGGGCGAGAGAUGGAAAAUAUUAGUAGUCCGUCUGAGUUUUUUUUAUCUGUUGCGGGAACUCGGCGGUGAAGGAGAUUAAAAAGAAGUCGUUUGCAUGCAGCUGGGAUCACGUCAGAAAGACCCGUCAUACACUUGUGAGACCUUGACCUGUAGCACGAAGUGAUCGAAUAGCAUCACACUGUGGGCAAACUGCCCACAAUGCCGCAAAUCUCAUGAGGCUGUUUCGACAGCCUCAAGGACAGAUUUUAUUUCCUUUGCUAGAGAGGUGAUAACUAAUAUUUAUAGAUUACCUUAGGCGUUGGUAAUUCAGUAAAUGUGUGCUAAUUGGCUUGCUUUAAUCUGUGUAACAACUAAUAUCCAGGAAGCAUAGGGGGUUUUAUAUGCCUUUAGCAGGCUUGUCCACACACUGUGUGUCAUAAGGUCGUAUAUCAUAUGAAGUGCCCUGCCAAAACACAUUGCAGUAUAUGCACAGUUGUGUGUUUGUUCUUGUUGUUUGAAAGCAGAGCUUCAUGUUUUUUUUUGUUUUAUGCAUUUAUACAAGUGUGUUUAAUUUAGUUUCAAUGUCUCUAUGAGAAUCCUUCAUCAGAUUCUCAUUUUUGUAUAAUCCCUCUCACAGCAACAAAAGGAAUAGGCAUACUAUCUAAUUCAAAUACUGUAACUGGAAGAAAAAGUGAUUCAUCCUGACUGCAUUCAAGACAUGUCUACCUUUCCAAAGUUUUUAUAUUUAGUUUUUCCAGUGUUUUUAAUCGUCGUUAUGAUGAACAUCGUGGAUCUUUGGAACCUGCCUCACCCUGCACUCUGCAGCUGAAACAUAAAUAAAAGCCAUGGCUAACCCCAGACCUAACCCACUAGCCAACAGAGCCCAGUGCAUGAUGGGUACUUAAUGGGUUUAUUUGGGUGAAACGCUUCCCUAUUGUGAGGGAUUCAGAUGGGAGGGAGGGGGGUGGGGGGUUAUGCCCCUACGCCCCUACGCCCCCUAUGGGUUGACUUUCCUCAGCGAAGGUCUAGGACUGGGUCCCACCUCUGAUAGCUUUCCUCCAUCCCACUUAUGGAGGGCCAAGUUGGCCUCUCUUACCAUUGGCGAUGGGGUAGAAUUUCAUAGCAGUGUGCACUUAGUGAAGUUAGGCUAUAGAACAGGCCUUCUCCAUCAGCCAGAUUGGGAGCAAUAUUGACUGGUAUCACUGCCCCACGAUCAGCACAUUCAAGCUGGGGAGAGAUUUUGCAUUGUGUCUGAACCGAAGGUGGAGGCAGGAUAUACUUGGUCUGUAAACGGCAGCAUCCACAGAUUUAACAGGCUGGUUUAUCUUUCUUUACUGUAUUUUGCUGCCUUCUGCCUAGUAAUUUUUUCCAGACAAUUCAGCUGCAGUUCUGAAACCUCAGCUGCAAUACCCAACUGUGCCAAUGUCUUUGACUGUUAUAUGUUUAAUUCAGUUUCGACCGGUUUUAAUGAGUGGGCUGUCCCGGCAGGAAGCAUACACAAGGAAAUAUGUCAUCUUUAAUUAUUUUCUUAGGGGAUAAAAAGGCAGAGGAUGGUUAUAUUCAUAUGGCUAACUUUAGUGUUUAUUAACAUGCUGGCAUGUUGAUUUAAAGUUUUUUUUUAUAUUUGUAAUUCUUUCUGCGCAGACUUUAGUUUUUAUUGUUAAAACAUAACCCAUGGAAGCUCUGGUUAUGUGUUCUUUCCCAAAGCUGGCUAUUUUGGGGCGGUAAGUUAAAACUAACUCUUGCAAAGUGAGUAUCUCUUGCAGAAUUCGGGGAAGAAAAACUGGCAAACACAGAAACUGUGGACUGCAUAAAUUCAGUUUCCUUUGAGAUGGACUAGAAGUUGCACUUAUAAGGUUCUUUUCCUGUCAGAAGAUCAUAUGUGUUCCCAAUGUAUACCAUCUGACCUUAGGCUGGUUCUGUAGGGGUUAUCCCAUGGGGAGAUUGGGUCAGUAGAAUGAAGUUCUUGUUACAUAAUGGUAUUUUCCUCUUCUGUCCCCUCCUCCAUUACACUUAAAAUGAUUGUGACUAUCAUUAAACACUCAAAAAUAGCAAAGAUAACAGUUCAAGGAAAUGUGAUGUGUGUAACAAUGGGACAAGAGUUUUUUUUUCCUCUCUUUAGGGAGGCGGAUCAGACUAAGGUCAGGGAAUCUGUCUUGUGUUCUUCUUGGUUUGAAGGAAAUAUGGCUAAUUUGCUAACCUGAUGACCCUCAACCAUGCUUCCCAACCAAGCCGAUUUUUUUUUCCUCCUACACGUAAAUGUAGGGACGCAGUGGAAAGUGUUUAUAACUCUUUCUUUUUUGGAAGUCAGUCUCUUGAACAAUGUUCAGAAUUUUUUUUUGUUAUCAUUUCUAUUUAUCUAUUUCUUAAAAACCUGUGCGACAGUGUUAGGCUACUUUUUGCAAAACCAUGACCUCUGCAAACUGGGAGAUAUUAGUGAGUUUGAACGCGGUGCCUUAUCUGCACCAGGAAUGAAACUGUGUCUCCGUUUCCAGGGAGCCAUUCUCCAGUAUUACCCGCUAACCAACGCAGUUCCAGUGAAUUUCCCUUUGGGAUUAUUCACUUUUCCCCCUCAUAAAAGCUUCAUAUUUCCUGUACGGUGUAAAAGAUUUAUUAGUACAAUCCAGACAGUACAGCGGAAGAAGAAGACAUUCCCUUCUUGCCUCAUUUGUUUUUUUUCUAUACUUUUUCAUCUCUUUUUAACUGGAGAUAAUUAAGUGUAACACUCCACCCAUGUGAUUCAGUAUUUAGCUUUUUAUUUGAUAUGGGUUUCAACCACCAGGGCUUGAGCAGUGUGGCUCUGCUGUGAGAGAACAACUUGAAAUAGAACUGCGCUAAGAUUGUAUUCACAUCUCUCCUGUGAUAGACUGAUGCCCUUGUACUCACCCUCCAAAAUUAAGGCACGACUUUUUCACUCACUAAUAUCCAAACCUCCAGAAAAGUUUUUUUUUGUUGUUGUUGUGCUCAUUUAAAAUUGUGUAAGACAUCUAAAACUCCUGUUUUGUUUUAUGUUCUAUUUAUUGUAUCAUUCCAAAAAGCCCACUGUGAUCACAGAAACGUCUUUUCAGUCCUGAGAGAACAUUGGAAAAGGUCUGGCUGAAAAAUUUAAGAUGGAGGUGCAAAAAUAAAUUUGUUACCCCCAACUUUUCUUUUAUGGUCAGACGGUAUGCAGUUUAUCAUUCCAGAAGCUUCAGAUGUUGGGUUAUGGGUUUAUUUAUUGAAGUACUAAUCAAGGUUUAAGUAUAUAAUUAGUGCUAUAAUAAUAUUAAUAAAAAAAGUGUAAUGUGUAGGCAGAAUUAGGACUUCUGAUUGAUUGUCUGCACAGUGCAAAUCUGUAAUCUGUAAUCUCUAUUACAGGUGCUUUCUUGUAGUCAGUGGCCCAGGCUCCCUUUCCAAGGUCAUGUAAAUGGUUAUUGUUAAUUCAGAGAUUUCUUACUUUAUCUUAAAGUUCUGCUUUCUGAAGAGAUGGACAUUUGCCAGCCACAGAGAUAAGAUUUAGCUGAUUUUUAAUGUGCUUUUUUUUUGUUUUAUCAUUUUUUAUU